AUGGGAGAUAGCGAUGAAUUAACUGAAUUAACAAAGUUAGGUGAAUAUAGAAACAGAAGCACAAGCAACAACAACAACAUCAACAACAACAACAAUACCACCAACAACACCACCAACAUCAACAUCAACAACAGCAAUAGUAGCACCAACAACCAAUUCAAUAAGUUUAUAAAGUUUAAAUUCUUAAUUGUUGAUACUGUGAGAAUUCGUAAGAAACCACAAACUACAAUUGCUGAAAUUUUGGUUUUUGAAAAAUUACUUGAAUCAUUUAAUGAACAAAUUGAAUUAAUAGAAUUUUAA